AGGUCAAGCAGCUAGAUGUGAUGCUAUGUGCUGCAAAUGUCAAAUAACAUCUGUUGUUUGGCUGCUCCAUUAGGAUAAAGACACGUAGCGAUGUUACUUGGAGUUCCACAUACUACAGACGUCCACGUGAUUGUCCUGCCUCUCUUGCCGUAGGAACCGCGGACAAACCGUUGACAUGGUUGUAAUGCUAGUCGGUUACCCUGCUAGCCAUUUUUGACUAUCACGGUAAAACGGUCGAGAAUAUGUAAUUAUUUGUCCGUCGACGAAAGAGGAUGUGGAGGGGAUGUGGCUGAAUAAUGGGCAACGUCUUCGGGAGAAGAAGUCAACCCACGCGUGUAACGGAACAAGACAGAGCGGUUUUGCAAAUGAAGCAGCAGCGAGAUAAGCUGAAGCAGUACCAGAAGAGAAUCACCCUGCAACUGGAGAAAGAGAGACUUCUGGCAAAGCAGUGGCUUCAAGAUGGAAAGAAAGAAAAAGCACUGCUACUUCUUAAGAAGAAACGAUAUCAGGAUCAGCUGCUAGACAAGACAGACAGUCAGAUAUCAAAUCUCGAGCGAAUGGUUCAAGACAUUGAGUUCAUGCAAAUUGAGAUGGAAGUCAUUGAGGGACUUAAGGUUGGCAAUCAUUGUCUGAAGACUAUGCACGAGAUCAUGUGUAUCGAAGAUGUGGAGCGAAUCCUGGAUGAGACCCAAGAAUCAAUUGAAUAUCAAAGGCAGAUAGAUGAAAUGCUGGCUGGGGCCCUGACGCAGGAGGACCAGGAGGCUGUUUUAGCAGAGCUGGAUGCCAUCACUCAGGGAGAAGAUGUAGAACUUCCAGAAGUACCUACUGAGCCAAUACCCGAGGUACCAGAGGCAGCUAAAGCUGGAACAGAGAGGAGGGAAGCAAAGGACACGGCACACAGAGAGACGUUAACGGCCUAGAACAGAGUCAAGUUGCGGUUGGGAGUAGGCUUUCUUUGUACCGGCCGGCACUCUGUUAAUUCCACUGUUUCAUCCUUAAUUGUUAGUAGACAAAAGUUGGGACCUGCACUCAUUAGUGCUCCCCUGAAGUAUCUACAUAAAGGAUUUGUAUUAGCAAAGCAACGUCACAUUGUUACUGUUUCGGUUAUGGUGAAACGUUUUUAUGGGGACGCGCUUUUAGAUGUUUUACACAUUCAUUUUAGUUGUUUUCAAUAUUAAAUUGAGCCUUGGCCACAAUA